AUGCCAUCAGAAACCACUCGCCAUCGCCAUCCGGUCACGAGAAAUAGUCACAAGGGCAACCCCAUUUCGGCAAGCAUGCGGUCAAUUGUGUUUCUGGGGCUGGCGAUCCUCAUCUGCGCCGUGAGCUGCAGGGAUAUCCGCGGUCAAAAUCCGCCUCGUUAUCUUCGACUGUCGCUGAAGGGCAAGCGCGGCCUCGGCGAUCAUCCCUUGGCAUUCCCGUCGCACGGAGCUCCCUCUUACUCGACGGCUUCCGUUCACCCAGGCCUGAGUUCCGGUUACAACCUAGGCGGUGCGUCCGGUGGCUUUUCCCUGGGACACGGUGGCCUCCAUAACUUCGGCGGCUCUUCCAUCGGCGGCCAUGGAAUUGGAUACUCUUUAGCUUCACCCAGCGGCGGCUACACUUCCGGUCUCGCGUCCGGAUACCUCUCUCCCGGACUGGGUCAUGGCUCGUUGGCUCUUCAGGCUGCCUCGCUGGGCGGACAUUCGGCCCAGAGCACGUACUCCGUGCCCAGCAUCGCUAGUAGCAACGGACUCUUCAGCCCAUCUUCCUCCAAGACUGGUCCCGUGACCUUUGGACUUCAUGGGGGUAGCGGCGCCACGAACGCUGCCAGCUCAUCCUCCGCGUCGCCCUUCGUUUCAGGCGGUCAUGGACUCUCGUCGUACAGCAACGGAGCAGGACCCAGCCUUCCGGUGAUGCUGGGAUCGCACGGCUCGCCCUACGGUCUAUCGUUGGGCUCUUCCAGCCCUUCACACUCCGUCACGGGCGGCCUGGUCUUCGCCAGCGGCUCGCACGGCGGAUCCUCCAGCUACAGCCUCCCAAUCUCCGGAUCAUCUCACGGCUCUGCUCUCUCUUCUCUCAGCGGCUCCUCGGGCUCUCACGGCGCGUCCUCCACGUACUCUCUCCCUACAAGCUCCGCGUCCCACGGGGUCUCCGCGUUGUCCUCCAGCUCCGCGUCUUCAGGAACUUACAGUGGCCCUCACGCCGCACUCUCCAGCGGAUCGUCCAGCGGCGGAUCCACUUAUCAGCUACCAAUCUCUUCGGGAUCUUACUCGAGUUCUGGGUCGUCCGGCUCCAGCCAGUAUACGAACUACGUGCAGCCUCAUUCCGAAGGAGGUUCUAGCUACUCAUCUGCCGGAAGCUCCAGCUACUCCAGUCCCAGCGUCACGUACUCGGGCUCCUCCGGUUCCAGCUACUCCGGCGCCAGCUCCAGCUAUUCGAAUCCCAGCGUAGCCUACGUCAGUGCGCCCACUUCUAGCCACUACACACCGACAUACGCCACUUCUGCAGGGUCACACGUGCAGCAGUACAGCACACCCACGGAAUCGCACGGGUCUUACUCCAACGUGAGCCCGAGGUAUCUGGAAUACUCCAAGUCACAGGAUAACGACAAUUCCGGAAGCUCCAAGUACGACACGAUCUCGUACUCGAGUCCCAACGGGAAAUACUGAGUCGCUUAAUUUGUUCGUUCUUGUAGAUCUUUGUUCUGUAUCUUUGAGCAUUAUCGGAGCGUUGUUUAUCACGAAUCCGUAAUUGGAUUUCGUGGAUUGGUUGUAAAAGUUGCUCACGAUUUGAGAUUGUUGAACUGUCCGAUGUUAUGCCGAUCUUGCCAUGGAAAGUAGCAGGACUGCUUGCCUCCGAUCAUUUUAUCGAUGUAUUUUAUAUCGAUCGGAGGAACACGCGCGAUGCUCUGAGAGUAAUAAUAGCUCGAAUUUCGAAGACACGUCAGGAUAUAUUUAUAUUUAAAUCGUUUUUAUAUUUUAUAUUGUGUAGCAACUUAUAUGGAGAGAUCUUCAUUAUUCUCUGUGACUGUACUUAAUGCGCGAAUCGCUAUCUAUUUAUAUCACCGGUAGAUAUAAUAUAUCUCUUUCUGUUACACCUUUUAUUUGGAUUACGAUAAUUGUGAUCUUUGUUACAUAGUUUUAUACAUGUUUUUGUAAUAAAACAGUUGAUUCCCAAAACGUGA